AUAGUUAACAAAGAAGUCAAAGCGGGUCAGGUGGUGCUGAAAGACACGCGGGGUCAAACUUGUCAAAAGUAUUUUUUUCAGAAGACGCAGAUCUGGCUGCGUAGUUCUUGAAGUGUGUGUGUGUUUAGACAGGUGAGGUAGCUGUGUGUGAAGAUGAGGCUGAGCAGUGUGCUAGCUUGUGUGUUCCUGCUUUGGGUUGAGGGGUCGAGGGGUGACACACCGGCCAACUGCACCUAUGAGGACCUGCUGGGGACAUGGGUGUUUCAGGUGUCCAAAGGAGGACACGACAAAACCGUCAACUGCUCCGCUGAAGCUACCAGUGAGAGCACAGUGACUGUGACCCUGGAGAAACUGUCUGUUGCCACUGAUGAGCUGGGGAACACUGGCUUCUUCACCCUCAUCUACAACCAGGGCUUUGAAGUGGUUAUUAAUGGGUACAAGUGGUUCGCCUUCUUCAAGUACACUGAAGAGGGCCCGAAGGUGACCAGCUACUGUGACCAGACCUUGCCAGGCUGGGUCCAUGAUGUCUUGGGCAACAACUGGGCCUGUUUUGUAGGGAAGAGAGUGAAUCCAGUACCACCCCAAAUAAAUUACAAACCACUCUUGAGCAGCAGGCUGCUCCAGAAGCCGUACAAACACAACCUGGACUUCAUUGAUUCCAUUAACUCUGUUCAGAAAUCCUGGAAGGCUGCUCCUUACCCAGAGCAUGAGCUGUACACUUUAAAGGAGCUGCAGUACAGAGCAGGGGGUCCAGCCUCCCAAAUCCCUGUGCGUGUUCGCCCUCAGCCUGUGAAAGCUGAUGUAGCCAAGAUGGCGGCAUCGCUACCUGAGCGCUGGGAUUGGAGGGAUGUUAACGGCGUUAACUUUAUGAGCCCUGUGCGAAACCAAGCAUCAUGUGGAAGCUGCUACUCCUUUGCCUCCAUGGGAAUGUUGGAAGCACGCAUUCGAAUCCUCACCAAUAACAGCGAGACUCCCAUCCUCAGCCCGCAGCAAGUCGUCUCUUGUUCUGAAUAUUCUCAAGGUUGUGAUGGCGGGUUCCCAUACCUGAUUGGGAAGUAUGUGCAGGAUUUCGGUAUUGUGGACGAGUCCUGCUUUCCGUAUAUUGCAAAGGACUCUCCGUGUGGCGUUCCUCAAAACUGCGGCCGCACUUACGCUGCCGAAUACAGCUACGUCGGUGGAUUUUAUGGUGGCUGCAGUGAGAUGGCAAUGAUGUUGGAACUGGUCAAGAAUGGACCCAUGGGAGUCGCCUUUGAGGUCUACCCUGACUUCAUGCACUAUCAGGAGGGCAUCUACCACCACACAGGCCUCGCAGACGCCUACAAUCCCUUCGAGCUGACCAACCAUGCCGUGCUGUUGGUGGGGUAUGGUCGCUGCCACAUGACUGGACAGAAGUUCUGGAUCGUCAAGAACAGCUGGGGCACCGGAUGGGGCGAGGAUGGCUACUUCAGGAUCCGUCGGGGCAGUGACGAGUGCUCCAUCGAGAGCAUCGCCGUCGCAGCAAACCCCAUCCCCAAACUGUAGAAGCUGGAUGUUAAAAGCCACUUCUAUCAGGGGUUUACAAUCACUGCAGGUGUAGUAAAAUGAGGGAACCAUAAUCCUACAUUAGUUAAAAGCAAAAAUCAGAACAGCUUCUAUUCUUUUCAGUUUCUGAAAAUAUUGACAAGUUUACAGCAGAUUUAAAUUUGAGGGAAACGAUUCAGCAUGUUGUAAGCCGACCACAUUGCUUUGAUUUGUAAAGAUGUUUUAACGAGCACUGAUUAGCUGCCUAUGAAUGAUGUAAUUCAAGCUGUAACUGCCAACACAAACACUUUUUACAUACUGUGAUUAAUCACGAAGGGUUAUAAACUCUAAUUCAAAGGGAACUGGUAACUGAGCAGUCUGUGUUUGUAGGACCUUGAUUCUUUGUCUCAGGGAAGCAGCGGUGGAGAAUCUAAUAUCGUCUGUCCUUGCAUCAGAUUGAAAGAGUCACUGCCAUGUUUUGUCUGUGGUAACAAGUUAAAGGGGAAUUUUUGAUCAAAGGGAUG